CCCAUGAGGAAUGAGGAAGCAGGAGGUGCGGACGGGCGGGGAGGCUGGCCAGGGCCCCGGCGCCGGCUCCCCAGCCGAGCAGGUGAAAGCUCUCGUGGACCGGCUGGCAGGGAAGGGCAGUCAGGCCCCGGCCCUGCUGACGCCCCCCAGGACGCCGGACCCCCCGCGGGGAACUCUCGGCAAUGACUCCAGGACGCAGAGGCACCGGGAGGUCCUGCUGAGCAGGGUGGGCGGCGGCCAGGAGCUGGGCGGCCCCUCGGCCAGGCUGAGCAGCCUCCUGCUGGUGGAGGGGCUGACGGACCUGCAGCUGAGGGAGCAUGACUUCACGCAGGUGGAGGCCGCCCGCGGGGACUGGCCCUCCACCAGGACCAUCGCCCUGGACAGGCUCUUCCUGCCCCUGACACGGGUGUCCAUCCCGCCCCGCAUCUCCAUCACCAUCGGGGUGGCCGGCGUGGGCAAGACCAGCCUGGUGAGGCACUUCGUGUGCCUCUGGGCCCGGGGGCAGGUCGGCCAGCACUUCUCGCUGGUGCUGCCUUUGACCUUCCGGGACCUCAACACCCAUGAGCGGUUGUCGGCUGACAGGCUGGUCCGCUCUGCCUUCCCGCACGUGGGGGAGUCCAGCCUGGCUGCAGCUGCCCCGGCCAGAGUCCUCCUGGUCCUGGACGGCUUGGACGAGUGCAAGACCCCCCUGGACUUCGCCAACACGGUGCCCUGCACCGACCCCAAGAAGGAGAUGCAGGUGGACCAGCUGAUCACCAACAUCAUCCGGGGCAACCUCUUCCCGGAGGUGUCCAUCUGGGUCACCUCCCGCCCCAGCGCAGCCAGCCAGAUCCCGGGGGGCCUCGUGGACCGGCUGACGGAGAUCCGGGGCUUCAAAAUGGAGGAGGUCAAGGCGUGUCUGGAACAGAUGUUCCCUGGGGACCCGGCGCUCUCGGACUGGGCCCUGGGCCAGGUGCAGGCCAACCGGAGCCUGUACCUCAUGUGCACCGUCCCGGCCUUCUGCCGGCUGGCGGGGUCAGUGCUGGGCCACUGGCAUUGCAAGGGACUCGGGCCCCAGGACGCAGAGCUGUGGCCGCCAAGGACCCUGUGUGAGCUCUACGCCUGGCACUUCAGGAUGGCGCUGGGCGCCGAGGGGCAGGACAGGGGCCGGCCCAGCCCUCGCAUCGAGCAGGUGGCUCACGGCGGCCGCAAGCUGGUGGGCACGCUGGGCCGGCUGGCCUUCCAUGGGCUGGUCAGGAGGAAGUACGUGUUCUACGAGCCAGACCUGAAGGCAUUCAGCGUGGACCUCGCGCUGCUGCAGAGCGCGCUGAGCAGCCGGCUCCUGCAGCGGGAGGACACGCUGGGCCCCUCGGCGGCCUACUGCUUCUCCCAUCUGUCCCUGCAGGAGUUCACGGCGGCCGCCUACUACUGCAGCGCAUCCAGGAGGGCCAUCUUCGACCUCUUCCCCGAGGGCGGUGUGUCCUGGCCCCGGCUGGGCUUCCUCACGCACUUCAGGAAUGCGGCCCAGCGGGCCAUGCAGGCCGAGGAUGGGCGGCUGGACGUCUUCCUGCGCUUCCUGUCUGGCCUCCUGUCCCCGCGGGUCAAUGCCCUGCUGGCGGGCCCCCUGCUGGCCCCGGGCGAGCACUGGGGCCAGCGGGAACAGGUGGCCGAGCUCCUGCAGGGCUGCCUGCGGUCCGAUGUGGCCGUGUGCGCCCGGGCGGUCAACGUGCUGCACUGCCUGCACGAGCUGCAGCACACAGAGCUGGCCCGCAGCGUGGAGGGCGCCCUGGAGAGCGGGGACCUGGCCGGGGUGACCACUGCCCCGCACCGCGCUGCCCUGGCCUACCUGCUACAGGUGUCGGACGCCUGCACCCGUGAGGCAGACCUGUCCCUGCGCCUCAGCCAGGGCGUCCUCCAGAGCCUGCUGCCCCAGCUGCUGUACUGCCGGAGCCUGAGGCUGGACACCAACCAGUUCCAGGACCCGGUGAUGGAGCUGCUGGGCAGCGUGCUGAGCGGGAAGGACUGUCGGAUCCAAAGGAUCAGCCUGGCUGAGAACCAGAUCAGCAACAAAGGCGCCAAAGCUCUGGCCAGAUCUCUCCUGGUCAACAGAAGCCUGACCGCUCUGGACCUCCGCAGCAACAGCAUCGGGCCGCAGGGGGCCAAGGCGCUGGCGGAUGCCCUGAAGAUUAACCGCACCCUGACUUCUCUGAGCCUGCAGAAGAACAGCAUCGGGCCCCCGGGGACCCAGAGGAUGGCGGACGCCCUGAAGCAGAACAGGAAUCUGAAGGAGCUCAUGCUCUCCAGCAACAGCAUCGGCGAUGGAGGUGCCAAGGCCCUGGCUGAAGCCCUGAAGGUGAACCAGGGCCUGGAGAGCCUGGACCUGCAAAGCAACUCCAUCAGCGACUCGGGGGUGGCGGCGCUGAUGGGGGCCCUCUGUGCCAACCGGACCCUCCUCAGCCUCAACCUCCGAGAAAACUCCAUCAGCCCCGAGGGAGCCCAGGCUCUGGCUCGCGCGCUCUGCGCCAACAGCACCCUGAGGAACCUGGACCUGACAGCCAACCUCCUCCGCGACCAGGGCACCCAGGCCCUGGCGGUGGCGGUGAGAGAGAACCGCGCCCUCACGUCCCUCCACCUGCAGUGGAACUUCAUCCAGGCCGGCGCUGCCCAGGCCCUGGGCCAAGCACUACAGCUCAACAGGAGCCUGACCAGCCUUGAUUUACAGGAGAACUCCAUCGGCGACGAAGGUGCCUCCGCGGUGGCCCGAGCGCUGAAGGUCAACACCGCGCUCACCGCCCUCUAUCUGCAGGUGGCUUCCAUCGGUGCCCCGGGGGCCCAGGCGCUGGGGGAGGCGCUGGCUGUGAACAGAACCCUGCAGGUGCUAGAUCUGCGAGGAAACGCCAUCGGGGUGGCGGGAGCCAAAGCCCUGGCCGGCGCCCUGAAGGUCAACUCCAGUCUCCGGAGACUCAACCUCCAGGAGAACGCCCUGGGCAUGGACGGCGCCAUAUGCGUGGCCACCGCACUGUCUGGAAACCACGGGCUCCAGCACAUCAAUCUCCAGGGAAAUCACAUUGGGGAGUCUGGUGCCAGGAUGAUCUCAGAAGCCAUCAAGGCCAACGCCCCCACGUGCACGGUGGAAAUGUGAGCGUCCCGGGAAGCUGCUGAACAGAAAGACCGUUUUCCAGGCUGCUUCCUGCGGCCCGGGGCUCCCAGGACAGCAGCUGUGCUGGCCUCCGGCGAGGAGGGUCAAGGUGCUACCGAAGGCGCCAGAAGGCGGCCACCGGCUCCCCUCCGGGCCAGCGUCGGCAGAGGCGGCAUGGGUGCUCUGCCACAGGAGCUAUUUAUACCCCGAGGUCUUCACAGGCACCAACGAUUUACUGUCAUUGCUGCCUUUUUCCACGCACCCAGCAAGACGCGCCCCCACGCCGUGAAAUGGGCCGCUGCGGCCCCGCCCAGGGAGGGGUCGGCUGCGCUCUCCUCUGAGGAGGAGCAGGCCCGAGGAUGCUUAGACACGUACAGGGAAAUUAUGGGAUGUGGGGGAAGAAAAACGAAGGCUUUCAUUACAGGAUAUUGGGGAUAGAAACAAAAAGAUUCUCGACGGGUUCUGCCGCCUUUCACCCGUGACAACGCCUCUCAAAGGCACCGUCGUGUCGGCACGUCACUGGGCGCCCGGCACACGGGUUCUCAGCCGUGCGUCAGCCAUGUUUCCUGGACUAGGUCCCUAUGAAGGCAGGCGCCCUCAAGGGCCCGCGCUGAAAGAAAAGGAUUCCAAAUGGAUGUUGUGGCUCUCGUCAGCCAGUAACCCAGGAAAGCACUUAGGAGGACAGUGCGAGAUCGUCACCUUGAAGUCUGAAGAGGAAGCACUCUUGCAGAAGUUUCUUUGAGAAAAGCAAGCACCUCGGUGGAUGCCAGAACCACAGUGAAAGCCGUGGGAAGGCAGGAGGGCCACGCGCCAGCCAGUCUCAAAGCAUCUUCCCAAGAGGGAGCGUUCUGUAAGUGCUGCCUUCUUAAAAGUGAUUCACGGACGGUAGGGCAUCGCAGGCCGCCUCGGGGGUGGCCAUGGACCGAGACUGACGUCUGGAAGGGGCCGUCUGAAAAAUCCAGCCUGAGGGGAACUGAACAAGCAAAACAGAAGCAACCUCGCCUGUCUGCAUGACGACAACGCCGCGAAAAUACAAGACUGGGGACUGUUUUUAGUGAAAGGCAAGGUCUUGCGUCGUAGGCCAAGGGAGGGAAAGCGCUAAAGAGAACUUUUUUUUCCAGUCAGGCACAUCUGAACACGGGCCUUGUGUAGUAUUUAUUGGAUUGCUGGUUUUCUGAGAUUUUUUCUGGGUCUAGAAUUCUAAACUGAGAGUGUUUCCUUUUAGUACUUUAAUGAUCUUGCAUGUCUUCUGGUUUGCACUGCUUCUGGCUGGGUGGAGAGCUCGGCAGAACAAGAGCCGUGGUAGCCGAAUGCUAGAGAACGCUGUGCCUGCAGGGGCCUAGGGCUGGCGAGACCUCAGGGGCCAAAGACCCGGAGAAACCCAGUGUGCUCCCCGGGCACCCCGAGAGCAAACCGCGCCAGAGUGGGAAGAGCCCCUUCUCCGAAGUCCGCCAGGCUCCCUACUGACAACACCUAACGGGUGUUCUGGGCGGGGGAGGGAGGGAUCUUCCCGGCGAGCAGCUGCACUCUCGCCGAGCUCGGCAAAAAUGUGAAUGUGGAACCGAGGCAAUAAACUGAUAACCUUCAC